UUAGCCUACAGAGUAACAUUUCUCUUCUUCCCCUCUCUCUCUCUCUCUCUCUCUCUCAUAGAUCUCAUAGGCCUUCCAUGUCCAGCUUGAGAAGAACUUGCAGGAGUUCUCCUGCCCUUUCCAGAGCCUGAAACUCUGCAAUAUUGGCGAAAUUUAGGCCUGGGAGGAAUGUAUAAGAAUCAGUUGCAGGAGUUAGCCCAGAGGAGCUGUUUCAAUCUUCCAUCUUAUGCUUGUAUCAGAGAAGGUCCAGACCAUGCUCCAAGGUUUAAAGCUUCAGUGAACUUUAAUGGAGAGAUCUUUGAAUGUCCAAACUAUUGCACCACUCUUAGACAAGCUGAGCAUGCUGCUGCUGAAGUGGCCCUUAAUACUCUCUCUACAAGAGGACCCUCCAGGUCCUUAGCUGCAAGAGUUCUUGAUGAGACAGGGGUUUAUAAGAACCUUCUUCAAGAAACAGCUCAUAGAGCAGGGCUAAACCUCCCUCUUUACACUACGGUGAGAUCAGGGCCUGGUCAUCUCCCUGUUUUCACAUGCAAUGUUGAGCUUGCUGGUCUGACAUUCAAUGGUGAUUCAGCAAAAACCAAGAAGCAAGCUGAGAAAAAUGCUGCCAUGGCUGCCUGGACGGCUCUCAAACAAUUGCCGCACAUGGGUUCCUCUCAGACAAACAGGGAUCCUGAUAGCAAUGAAGAACAGGAGCAAGUCAUUGUAGCCAGAGCUUUAGCGAGCUUGAGACCCAAGGACGAGAGUGCUAAACCAGUGAGACAAAGCCAGCACCAACAGGGCAUUCCAAGAAGAAGAGUGAUAAUGGGUUAUAACAACAACCCCAGCAAUGGUCACUCUCUCUCUACACAUUCAAAUGCUAUGCAGCAAUAUCAGCAAUGGAGAUCCCCUGAUAGGGUUCCAGACAUUGUUAUUUAUCAGAAACCCCAACAGACCCAAUCUCGAUUCUUGGCUCUUCCUGCUCCUCCCCCACCUCAAACUUCAAAGAUCUUACCUUUAGGAACGAUUUUUAAGCCCUCUGCAACUCAAGAACACUCUUCACCUAGAGUAUCAAAUGUUCCUCCAAUUUGUGCUAAUGAUCCUCAUGCAUUUGUUUCAAAGAGAGUCAUGCCAGUUCAGAUUAGAACCAGGCCUCAGGUUAAGAUACAGGAGGUCCAACCUCCACUAGAGGAGCACCAAAAAGAUGAAGAUGAAUGGCUUGGUGUGAAAUCUGAGGUCACAAUUAAGCCCAACGAAACAGAACCCAUCAACAAUGGCAACAAUAGCAACGGCCCAACCCCUGUUUUCAGGCCAAGAAGUGGGUAUUCAAGGCCUUUCUCUCUCCAAAACACUGUAAUUUUCAAUGCUCCGCACCCUGAACAUAAGAACCAUCCAACCCAAUCUGGCUCCAAGAUUUUCAGGCCUCAAGCUGCGUCUCUUCCACAGUUGAUGGUGCCUGUGGUUAGGGGUGGUUGCAAUGUCAAUCCUCGAAUUCUUAGAGCCGACAAUUUUAACGGAGGAAUUCGAGCUCAUGCAGUUGCUCCUGCUGUUCAGAUACGCUCAGUGGUACCAGUUUGUGCGUCUCCUCCAUUGAGGCCGUCUUCAAACCCAGUUGAGAAGAAAGAAGAAGGUCCAAAAAAAUUAGAGGAAACCACCAUCUCAAGAGCCAGUUCAAGUCUCAGCAAGCUUCAGUUAUGAGGCCUUCUUAAACCCAACAAAGAGAAAAAAACACAUACAACUCUCUCCCCCUCUCUCUCUAUCUUUCCAUUAUUGUGCCCUCAUUUCCCAAUCUGAUACUUUUACUAUAUGAUGGAUAGGAUUGCUUUUCCUUGCAUGAUUCAAAGUCCAUGUUUUUUCAGCCAGGGGAGUUUGGGGGAUGGGGGUUCCCCUCAAAUUUUGUUUCACCUGAAAGUAUGUUCGUCUGUGAAUGAUUUUUUACUGUUGAAAAGUUUUCUCGAGUUUUUUAUGAAA